UGACAGAAGCACAGAAAACUGAUUAUGUAAAAACCAGAGAGACCCAUGUUAUUGGCAAAUCCACUUGCUCCUUCAAUUCUCACCAGUCACCAACAUAAUGAGGUGAGAAAUUUGUGUCACUUCGUUGACUAUCCUUUUCAUUAUCUUUUAGGAAUACUUUCUUUGUUGUUGCUUCUUUAAGGUUUAGAGCUUCUGCCAAUAGCUCUAGUUUCAUGGCCAAAUCAAGAGUACCCCAUUUAUUGGGUUGGAUGGCUUUCUUAUCUUCCUGACUUUGUUCAAGUGGUUCUUUCUCGUUUCUUGCCCAAAUGAAAGGGUUCAUCAGUCGUUAGUGUUGAUUCUGUCAUUUUCAAAUCUCGAUUUCCAUUGGGUGUUCUGUAUAAGUUUGACUUUUUGAGUCUGAUUGAUAGAAUCCUCUGAAAUUUUCAGUUUUUAUUUUUUUUCUUUAAACUCCCUUAGUUUUUUAGAAUAUGGGUUUUCUUAACAGCAGUACAGAGUUGAAUUAAUGUAGAUAGGAUUGACUCUUAAGGGUUGAUGGAGAUGGUAUUGCAGAAAAAGCUAAGUAAGGUAAAUGUUUCCAAUUUUUAAUCUUUUGGUCUAGAAAUUUAUUUCUUCCAUAUUAGAUAUCUGGGUUCUUUUAAUUAAGCUGAAUUUCUAAAAGGUCAGCCUGGAAUUUUUCUUUUUUGCUUCCUUCCUGUUAUAAGAUUGGGUGGUCUUUUUCUUUUUCUUUUUUUUUCUUGUUCCGAAGAAUUUCCGGGAAUUGGGCUUUCAGAGAAAUACAGUAGAUUCAUUUGGUGAACAGAGAUUUGUCAUUGACAAAAACUCGUAUGUAAACAGUUGAGUGUAAAUUUUCAGUUUUCCACAUGUUCCUUUCGUUUACCUUUCUUGUUUUGUAAAUUCUCUUUGACCAAAACUCAUAUGUAAACAGUUGAGAGCAAAGUUUCCGUUUUCCACGUGCUCCUUUCAUUUAUGAUCCUUCCUAGUUUUUGUAAAUUCUCUUUUCUUGCAUUGGUUAGUUAGUUGAAUUAUGAUUCUGUGAUUUCUGAUUUCCCAAAAGUAGCUAGAAUUAGGUUCUUGGAUCAGUCAUGGAAGCUUGGAAUUUUGCUCGUUUCAUGGGAUUCGUUUGGCUGUCUAUCCUCCUCCUGUCUGAAUCCUGUCUAGCUAGUAUUAGAAGUAUUGGUAAGAUAUAUCCAGGGUUUCAAGGAUCCCAAAUGAAUUGGGUUGACAAAGAGGGCUUGUUUCUUUCAUCUAACAACUCUGUGUUUGUUUUUGGCUUCACCACCAUUCCCCAAGAUGUUGAAUUGUUUCUCCUAGUUGUUGUCCAUUUGAGUAGCUUAAGAGUAGUCUGGUCUGCAAAUAUUGGCAAGCCAGUUGCGAAUUCUGAUAUGUUUGUGUUCGAUAAAAAGGGCAAGGUGUUCUUGCAAAAAGGCGGAAGUGUGGUUUGGUCUAUAGAUACCGGUGGCAAAGCUGCUUCUGCAAUGGAAUUACAGGAUUCAGGAAAUUUGGUUUUGCUAGGGGAUGAUAAUCAAACAAUCUGGCAGAGUUUCAGCCAUCCCACAGACACCCUGUUAUGGAACCAGGAAUUUGUUGAAGGAAUGAGACUUGUUAGCAAUCCUAACCCGAAUAACUUGAGCUAUUUUCUGGAGAUCAAGUCCGGCGAUGCGAUUCUGUUUGCAGGUUUCAAAACUCCGCAGCCUUAUUGGUCGAUGGCAAAGGAAAAUCGGAAAACCAUCAACAAAGAUGGUGGGGUGGUCAGUUUGGCAUCUCUAGAUGCAAAUUCAUGGAAAUUCUAUGACAGUAAGAAAGUCUUACUAUGGCAACUUAUUAUCUCAGACCCUCUAGAUUCAAAUGCAACCUGGAUUUUGGUUUUAGGAAGUGAUGGCAUUAUCUCUUUCUACAAUCUCCAGAAUGGUAACUCAAAUCCUUCACAAACAAAGAUACCAAGUGAUUCCUGCAGUACUCCACAACACUGUGAUCCAUAUUAUGAAUGUUAUAGCGAUAACCGGUGCCAGUGCCCCUCAGGUCUUAGCUCCAGUCCUAAUUGCUCGACGGGGAUUGUCUCUCCAUGUGGUGGUUCGAAGGGAUCCACAGAGCUCAUAAGUGCAGGGGACGGACUCUAUUAUUUUGCACUUGGAUUUGUUUCACCCUUUUCUAAAAGUGAUCUGAAUAGUUGCAAAACUUCUUGCCUUGGCAAUUGCUCAUGUCUUGCAUUGUUCUUCCAAAACAGUACAGGAAAUUGUUUUCAGUUCGACAGAAUAGGUAAUUUCCAAAAUUCUGACAAGGGUUCUAGCUAUGUUUCUUAUAUCAAGGUCUUAAGUGAUGGAGGCAGUGGCACAAACACAAGAGGGAGUGGCAGCAACCAGAAACAUUUUCCAUAUGUAGUGAUUAUUGCCAUUUCGACAAUACUUGUUAUUUUGGGUCUGCUUUAUGUGGGAUAUCGUUACACCAGGAAGAAGAAAAAAUUGCCAGAAUCUCCUCAAGAGACUUCGGAGGAGGAUAAUUUCUUGGAAACUUUGUCUGGUAUGCCUAUCCGUUUCAGCUACACAGAUCUUCAAACUGCAACCAAUAACUUCUCAGUCAAACUUGGGCAAGGAGGGUUCGGUUCAGUUUACCAAGGGAUUCUGCCAGAUGGCACCCGACUGGCUGUGAAGAAGUUGGAAUGUAUUGGUCAGGGAAAGAAAGAGUUCCGAGCUGAAGUUAGCAUCAUCGGUAGCAUCCACCAUCUCCACUUAGUCAGGUUAAGAGGCUUCUGUGCAGAAGGAAGCCAUAGACUUCUUGCUUAUGAGUACAUGGCGAAGGGAUCUCUGGAUAAAUAGAUUUUCAAGAAAAACAAGGAGGAUUUUCUGUUGGAUUGGGAUACAAGAUUUAACAUAGCAUUGGGCACCGCAAAAGGGUUAGCUUACCUCCAUGAAGAUUGUGAUGCAAAGAUUGUUCACUGUGACAUAAAGCCUGAGAAUGUGCUUCUUGAUGAUAAUUACUUGGCCAAAGUCUCAGAUUUUGGUUUGGCAAAGCUAAUGACUAGAGAGCAAAGCCAUGUUUUCACCACACUGAGGGGGACCAGGGGAUACCUCGCACCAGAAUGGAUCACAAACUAUGCCAUAUCGGAGAAGAGCGAUGUUUACAGCUAUGGAAUGGUGUUGCUAGAGAUCAUAGGGGGAAGAAAAAGCUAUGACCCAUCAGAGACCUCGGAGAAGUCCCAUUUCCCAUCCUAUGCGUUCAAGAUGUUGGAAGAAGGAAAACUGAGAAAUAUUCUAGAUUGGAAGAUCGAAAUAGAUGAAACUGACAGCCGGGUUUCUACUGCUAUCAAAGUUGCAUUGUGGUGCUUACAAGAGGAUAUGCAUCUGAGACCAUCAAUGACCAAAGUUGUUCAGAUGCUUGAAGGCCUCUGUGCUGUUCCACCUCCUCCAAUAUCUUCCCCUCUCAGUGGUUCUCGAUUUUUUUCGGGCUUCUUCAAAUCAACCAGUGGGGAGGGAACUUCCUCAGGACCAUCAGACUGCAACAGUGAUGCCCAUCUCUCUGCAGUGAGGCUUUCAGGACCAAGAUAACAUUUAUUGAAGAUAAGAUAGGCAGUUUUUUUUGUCCCCUUUUUUUUGCCUGGUUAAAUUAAGAUAGGUUGUUAAUUGCUUCUUUUAUUCUCUUAAAUCUUUUCGUCUUUUGUAUAUUUAUUACAAAAUAUCACUCAAAAUUUUGUAACACUAGCAAUCACGUAGCAUGUUUGUGCACACUUGUGCUUGUUCUGUAAAUGAACAGUGUUGAAUAUAUAUAUAUAUAUAUAUAUAUGCUUUAAGUAAUUUCAACAUGAA